AUGGGAGAACAUGAAUGUUCGGGGCCGCCGGCGGUGGAAGGUAGGCGGUUGAUUCCGUUUGUUCACCCCGACAACUUGCUGACCAUGCAUUCAGAAACACCGCCGAUGCCCGCCCCAUCACUUUUUGAAAGAUUUAACCCGUGGGGUGCUCCUGCUGCGCCAAAGGACCAGUCUCGGGCACCCCCUCAAGUGGACACCUCUGCUGCCAGUACGCUUGAUGCAUCUCGAACCAUGGCAAAUGCUGACGAUGGUUCAGAUCGUGCCUACGCAGGACAAGGCCAGUUGACGCCAGUGAGUUCACUGUCGAGUGGAUCACAACCGAGCGAGCAGAACAUCUCGCCCAAAACACCAAAUGCUAGACCUGCCACUGACAAGCCGGACGAAUUCUUUGCUCCUCAAAUUGCCAAUGAUUCGCCUCCCCCUCAACCAACAAGGAGAUCAGGGGGUUAUGGGGGGUUGGGUAACGGGACUGAUUUCGACGACCAGCUGCCGCCAUCAAACCCAGCAAGGAAACAAUCACCACCGAAUCUAAUGGAACGCCUGAAUUCCAUCGCUCCCGGGCCGUUUGAUGCCAACAGAAGGCCUUCGAGCAGUGCUCGUAGCGAUAUAAACGAUCGUCCCGGUACUUCAGCUUCCAACCUUGGUAGCUUGGGUGGAGGACAGGCACAACCCAGCCUGAGAAAGAACGGCUAUGGGGGUUUUGGCGUUCCUGCGAGGAGUCCGAGUCGGCAGGAAGACAAUCCUCCGCCAUUGACACCCAGUCGCGCCGAUACAUUUCCUCGUCCGAAUGAAGGCUUUCCGCCACCCCAGCGAACACCUUCUGCGCCACCCGCGGCCUUGAGAAUUCAGCCGCCAGACAGAUUACGUGCCCCAUCAGAGUCUUUUUCAGACAGAGAUGGCGGGACAUCGCCAGACAGCCGAGGGUCCAUGAUGAGCGACAGACCUCGCCGUCCCAGCCGUGGGCCAGACACUUCGAGACCUCCACCUCCUCGCAGUGCUACACUCCGACCCACUACCCCUGGUCUCCCAACUAUCAACCUUGCUGAGGAGUUCGGCGUUGGGAAUCCUUACCAUACGCCUUCGGAAUCGACAGGAUCAAGCGUGUCUGUUCACAGCAUGUCGGUACAGAGCGUGUCAGCCCAGAGCAGUUUUGAGCGUCGCCCUAGCCAAGCGAGCUCCCGAACUAGCCCACCCAGGUCCAUAGCAUCGAGAUCUGGACGGAGGAAGCCUUCUGACACAUCUAGUUUUGAUAACUUGAUGUCGGAUCUUCAGUCUACAAUGGACGAUAAUCAGCAGAAACCGCCAGGUCCUGCCUCUCUCAAAAUGCCAUACAAGGGAGGUAGAGAUCGGCCAUCGCCACUAAGCGCUCGUCCGCCACCGCCAGAGGGAGGAUAUGAUCCACGCAUCGACCCGCGUGGUCAGCGACGAGCAGCAGGAGGAUCCCCUCUUCCCUCUCCGUUGGAGAUCUCGCCGCUUGGCGAAAGCCCUGCCAUUAUGACACCUAGCAUCUUGACACCUGGAUCUGGAGCUCAGCCAUCUCCAGGCUGGCCGACCCCGAAACCGGAACCAGCUCGACCUCGUGAACAGGAGCCGCCUGUACCGCAACAAUCAGCGUUGAGAGAGCUGCAGGGAGCGUCUCCCAUGGACAGGUCACAAGGUCCGCAACGAGCACCGCCGAUGGAAGCACCAAGAGAGCUUCAAAGGGCACCCACGAUGGAAGCGUCAAAGGAGACCCAGAGGCCACCCGUGGAGCCUUUUCGACCUCAGCUCCAAAGAGCACCAACAAUGGAGGUCCCGAGACAACUCCAGAGAGCCGCCACGAUGGACGAGCCAAGGGACAUGCAAAGACAAGAUCCCAGCAGAACUCCGCAACGACCUCGAGACCCCCGUGACGAGCUUCGCGACGGCAGACCUCUCCACGAACGAUCCCGCUCGCAACCUCGCAACUUGCCUCCUCCCUCGGCCCAGCCUUCCCGCGGCGACUGCAAGGCAUGCGGGCUGCCAAUCAAGGGGAAAUCGAUUUCCAGCGCCGACGGCCGUCUCACCGGGCGCUAUCACAAGCCGUGCUUCGUCUGCUCGACCUGCCAGGAACCAUUCACGUCAGCGACGUUUUACGUCUUGAACGACAGACCCUACUGCGAGCAACACUACCACAAGCUCAACGGCAGCUUGUGCGGGAGUUGCGGCCGAGGCAUCGAGGGGGAGUAUCUCGAGGAUGAGACUUCUCGCAAACACCACGUCGGAUGCUUCAAGUGCGGCGACUGCGGCAUGGCGCUUCGUGAUGGGUACUUUGAGGUCAACGGCAGGGCGUUUUGCGAAAAGGACGCCUGGAGGCGGGUGCAGCAGCCUCCUCCUCCGCCUAUGAUGAUGGGCGGCGGCAGGGGAAUGGGUGGUCCUCCCGGACGAGGAAGAGGGGGCAUGAGGCCGCCGGGACCGAUGGGGCUGCCGGGGGCGAAUCCGAGGUUUGGGCCGAACGGUCCGUAUGGGAAUAGUCGACUUGGACCGGGACCGAGACCGAAGAUGGAGAAGAGGAUGACGAGGUUGGGGAUGCUGUAG